UUUUGAAGAAAACUACAUUAAAAACGAUUUAAAAAUGUUAUAUUACCAAUAUGACAAAUUGAAAUAGUACUACUCUACUACUCACGAUCCCGAACAAACUUGAAAAUUCUGUGUGGCGGCCCCUUUAAAGAAAAAUCUAUCUUUAAUCUGAAAUUAAUAAAAAUCACGACUUGAGAGUUUCCAUAAUGUAAAUUGUAUUUUCCAAUAAAAAUGUUGAAGAGAAAACUUUUUGGAAACCCAAUUUUCAGUGAAGUAGAGGACAAUAACAACAAAAAACCCAAACUAGAGCAAAUUCAGGAUCUCCUCGACUUAUCACUGGGAAACUGUAGUCCUGGCGAUGUUUCUAAAUAUUUUCCAAACCUACCUAAAGAACCUGUUAGAACUGUUCAAGACAAAGUUCUAGACCUACAGCUCGAAUUGAACCGUAAUCUGAGAACAUUGAGCCUGAAGACGCCUCCAGUAGAAUACAUCUACAAUCCUUUGGAAUACGCCUUCCAUCCAAACACAAACUUCAUAACAAAAUAUUGCACCACUACUAAGAAAAUACUCUUCAUUGGCAUGAAUCCAGGCCCCUUUGGCAUGUGCCAAACAGGAGUACCUUUUGGAGAUCCCAGAUGGGUCCGUGACUGGCUCCAAAUCGAUGGCAUAGUCUCCAAACCAGAAGUAGAAUGCCCUGAAAGGAAAAUCCUAGGGUUCUCCUCUACAAGAAGAGAGCAGAGUGGGGAACGGUUUUGGAGCUAUUUUGCCAGUUUGUGCGGAAGGCCUGAGGUUUUUUUCAAAUACUCGUUUGUGUGCAACUUUUGUCCUCUGGCUCUUAUGAAAGUCAACGGGUGUAAUGUUACUCCAGCUGAAAUCAAAGACAUGAAGAUUCGCAAGAUCCUUGAAGCAGCCUGCGACGAUUGGUACCUGAAACUGAUACGAGUUCUACAGCCUGAGAUUAUUGUAGCCAUCGGAACUUACAUAGAAAAAAAGACCAAGGACCUUUUCAAAACCCACAGCGUAGACGGCAUAACGGUAGCCUACAUGCCCCAUCCGAGCCCCAGGGCAGUCAAUAAUCAAAAUUGGCACGAAAAAGCAGAAGCAUUCCUUGUAAACAACAAUCUCAUGCCUUAUUUUCUUAACCAUGGCGAGUGAAGAAACAGACGACCAAAAUUCAGCAACCUUGUCCGAAAGUGAACGUGACUUCAUGGAAAAGGCAUUUGUCUUUGCGAACGAGGCCUUAGCAGCUCAGGAAGUCCCUGUAGGCUGCAUAUUCGUGCACAAAGACAAAAUUAUAGCUCUGGGCCGCAAUACUGUCAAUGAAACUAGGAACGCGACACGCCAUGCUGAAAUCAACUGUAUCGAUCAAGUUAUCAAAUACUGCCAAUCCCACGACUUGGACU